CCUUCGGCACUUCAGUCCUCACUCAAAUCCUCAUUGGACUGUAACUUCAAAGUUCCACUUUGAACUUGAAACUUGGUGCACUUUUGCUCUCUAACCCUUGCUUCCUUUUUCCUUCCCUCAACUCAAUGUAAAGCUCUCUCAAUCCCUCCACCUGGUGGUAAAAUUGAAUUUUGUUAAAAAUGUUCUGAUACAAAUGUGAAUACAUAUAUUUCUUACACACUAUGGCUUAACUUUAUAGCCCUAAUAAGAGUAUCCACAGUUAAUUUAACAUCGGAACUUAAAAAAUGUCUGGGUUUAAACCUUCCUUUUUCACUACAGUUGAGCAUGUGCUGUUAGCCAAUUUGUUCUUGUCACAGCCUGUUUCUCCUCAACUAUAAUUCUUUUUGUCUAUUGCUGGAUUGCCUGUUUAGUCAAAAGAGAGAUUCUUAUCUUUUAGUGGAGUCUUUUAUUGGAUUUUCUUCAUAACCAUCCUGGCAUCAUGUUAUACUGUUAUCUAUUGCUGUGUGUAUUGAAUAUGUUUAACUUUUCAGCCAUCCUGUGCCUAGCUAAACAUCUUGCCAAAGGACUACAGUUUAAAUGUGGCUGCUUACAAACACAGAAAUGUAGAUGAAUGUGUCCUUUAAAUACAUAAAUGAAAAUCCAGCUAGGUCAUCAAACUAGUCAACACUAAACAGCACACUGAAGAGUCACACUGACAUCUAGUGUAUUUUUUAUAUCCGCUGUCUCCUGAGUCAAGCUCUUGCAAGAAGGUUGCGAUUGGAGGAGACGACUUAAACAUUGUAUAACACCACUUGAAGAAGUAGCACAUGUAUUCUUUAUUAAGCUUUUUUUUUUUACUUGUCUGAUUCUUGGAACUGCAUAAUGAAAGGAUAUGCAUUCAAGAUUGAGUUUUUAUUGUCGUCUCUGCCCUCGUAUUUGUUGUUGUGCCAGCUCUUAAUGGAGCUCAGCCAGUCCGACGGCAUCCUGAAGGAAAUAAGCCUCUUCAAAUAAGCCUGCUUUCCAUUUCUCUGGGUGGGAAUCAAGGGCAUUCUCCUCACAAAUUGAUUUCUGAGCAUGCAGUCUUUUCAAAGGUAUCAGUAGUCAUGCAAGAAAAAUGCCCUAGCUUUUUCCAAAUGUAAAUGCUUUGAAAACAAUGCUCACUCACUCUCUCUCGGAAAUGCAUCUUGCCUGAAAAGUAUUUUUUACUCCUGUAAGCAACUACAUUUUAUCUAUAAAGCACAUUUACACACAGCAUAAACACAUUGGAUCAAUAGUCAUAAUUAUAUAAAACAUAAAUAAAAGGAAACCUUCAAUUUCAGGGUACUCGACACAGAAAUACAGAAAAUUAGCACGAGUACAAAGUUAGAGAAUUGUAUCAUUGCGCUUCUGUUUUUUUUUUGGUCUGAAACUCCUUUCACACUUCCUAUUUCAUGUAGGGUUACCACUGCAACAUAUAUCAAGCAUCAGUGUGGAAGCAGGCUAGUGCUUAUUCACAGCGUUGCCUAUCAAGCCUGUCUGGUGUGAGUGUGUAGUAAGACUAGUUAGUUGGAGAUGUGUAGGGCGGACAGUUGUGGAGGGAGACGUUUUUGAUGGCAUGCCCAGCUCUUUUCUGAGCUACAAACAUGUGGAGACCUUGGUUUCAUACCAAAAUCCGUUCAACCGUGCGUAAGUCCCAUAUCAACUGGAUAGAGAAGGACUUUGCCAAAAUUAAAGCCCAGGAGGAAACGGAGAUCAAGGAGAUCAACAUCACCCAUGUGGUCAAGGAAGGCUCGGAAAAGGCAGAUGCCUCCCAGUUUGAGCUGCUCAAAGUCCUCGGACAAGGAUCCUUUGGCAAGGUCUUCCUGGUGCGGAAGGUGACCCCCCCAGACGACAACCAGCUGUACGCCAUGAAGGUUCUUAAGAAGGCCACGCUCAAAGUCAGGGAUCGUGUGAGGACAAAGAUGGAGAGGAACAUCCUCGCGGACGUGAACCACCCGUUUGUAGUCAAGCUCCACUAUGCGUUUCAGACGGAGGGGAAGUUGUACCUCAUCCUGGACUUCCUCAGAGGAGGGGAUCUCUUCACUCGGUUGUCAAAGGAGGUGAUGUUCACAGAGGAGGACGUGAAGUUCUACCUGGCAGAGCUGGCCCUGGGUCUAGACCACCUGCACGGCCUGGGCAUCAUCUACAGAGACCUCAAGCCGGAAAACAUUCUACUGGAUGAAGAGGGACACAUUAAACUCACAGAUUUCGGCCUGUGUAAAGAGGCCAUUGACCAUGAGAAGGCCUACUCCUUCUGCGGCACGGUGGAGUACAUGGCCCCCGAGGUGGUCAACAGACAGGGACACAUCCAGAGUGCUGACUGGUGGUCCUUCGGAGUCCUCAUGUUCGAGAUGUUGACGGGAGCGCUGCCGUUUCAGGGCAAGGACCGCAAAGAAACCAUGAACCUGAUUCUGAAGGCGCGCCUGGGAAUGCCUCAGUUCCUGAGCACAGAAGCCCAGUCACUCCUCAGGGCUCUGUUCAAGAGGAACCCAGCCAACCGACUAGGAUCUGGGGCCGAUGGUGCAGAAGAGAUCAAGAGGCAUACAUUCUUCUCCACCAUAGACUGGAAUAAACUCUUCCGGAGAGAGAUAAACCCCCCGUUCAAACCUGCCGUGGCUCGCCCCGACGACACCUUCUACUUUGACACCGAGUUCACCUCACGCACCCCCAAAGACUCCCCAGGUGUGCCCCCCAGCGCUGGAGCCCACCAGCUCUUCAGGGGCUUCAGCUUCGUAGCCGCCGCCAUGCUGGAGGAGGAGGGGUCUGAGGAGGCCAGCCAGCCCAAACCCCACCCGGUGGUCCAGCAGCUGCACGGGAAGAACCUGUUGUUCAGCGACGGCUACGUGUUGAAGGAGGACAUCGGCAUGGGCUCCUUCUCUGUGUGCAAGCGCUGCAUCCACAAGGCCACCAACACAGAGUACGCUGUCAAGAUGAUUGACAAGACCAACACAGACGCCUCUGAGGAGAUUGAGAUUCUGCUCCGGUACGGCCAGCAUCCCAACAUCAUCACUCUGAAGGAUGUGUACGACACCGGGAAGCAGGUGUACCUGGUGACAGAGCUGAUGCGUGGGGGCGAGCUGUUGGACCGGAUCCUCAAGCAGAAGUCCUUCUCCGAGAGGGAGGCCAGCGCAGUGCUGCACACCAUCACCAAGACCGUGGAGUACCUCCACGCACAGGGGGUGGUGCACAGAGACCUAAAGCCCAGUAACAUUCUGUACGUUGACGAGUCGGGAAACCCAGAGUCCAUCAGGAUCUGUGACUUUGGCUUCGCUAAGCAGCUACGCGCUAACAACGGCUUGCUGAUGACACCGUGCUACACCGCUAACUUUGUAGCGCCGGAGGUGUUGAAGCGACAGGGCUACGAUGAAGGCUGCGACAUCUGGAGUCUAGGGAUCUUACUGUACACUAUGCUCGCUGGUUUCACUCCAUUCGCCAAUGGCCCAGAGGACACGCCCGAUGAGAUCCUGAGCAGGAUAGGAAGCGGCCACUUCAGUCUGAGCGGAGGGAACUGGGACGACGUGUCCAGCGCGGCCAAGGACCUGGUGUCCAAGAUGCUGCACGUGGACCCCCACCAGAGGCUCACCGCCAAGCAGGUGCUGAAGCACCCGUGGAUCCUCCAGAGGGACAGCCUGCCCAACAGCCAGCUCCCGCACCAGGACCUCAAGCUGGUCAAGGGUGCGAUGGCCGCCACCUAUUCGGCCCUCAAGAACUCCCAGCCCACGCCGGAGUUGAAGCCCAUCGAGAGCUCCUUCCUGGCCCAGCGACGCGUUAAGAAGCUGCCCUCCACCUCACUGUAGAGACUCUCAAGCAUUCAUUGGCUGAACCGGUGACCAAACCAAAUCCCCAAGCUCCGCCUCCGCCUCCCCCUCCACUACCCAAGCUCCUCCCCCUCACUGGCUUUAACCAAACAAGUCAGCGUCUUUCGAGCACUCCACCGUCGUCUAACCAGCCAAGAAACAGUGACACUGUGGUUCUGUGCAACGCCCCCCUACUUGUCUCUUGUGCCCUCCUUGCUGUUAACUUUCAAUGGGCAAAAGUGUGUGUGUGUGUGUGUGUGAACGUGUGUGAACGUGCGUGCUUGACUGUCUUCGUGACCCCCGCCGCAGUACAGCAGCACAGAUUCGUCGUCCUCCUCUUCUUAUUACUAUUAUUGUUUUCACUAUUGACACUGGAAGUGUUUUCCCCCCCCGCUCUUGGCCUCGCUCUUCUUGAUUGUUGGUCCAGCCUGUUGCACGCCUGGCCUGUCGUCCCGCUCCCGGCUCUCUCUCUCUCUCUCUCUCUCUCUCUUCUGAUCACGACAAGCUUUAUAUACACAACAUGCCAGUGGAUGCGCUUCACAAGUGAACCCACAUCCACUUGUGACGACGGCGCGGAAACCAACGCCGUACUGUCCAACUGCCCCAAAAAUAAAAGAAUCAGUGGUUAUUGUAGAAAAAUAACAAUUCUACCAUGAAUGUCUUUUUAGGUUUUUGGGACGGCUGGAAUAUGGUGUUUAGGGAACAACAACAGUGGAAUGUAAAUGUUUCGGCCCACGUUAAUCAACGCUAAGUACUUUGUUUGACACCGAAUGUGUGCGUGUGUGAGCUCACGAGUGUGUCCGUUGCACGACUUGGAGGUGUGUGUGUGUGUGUGCGUCGUCUUGUGGGUCCGCUGCAGGGUUGUGUGCAUGGUCCCGUGCAGUGAUGUAAUGUGGCUUCCUCUCCCUCCAAAAUCCUUUGAUCUGAUUGGUCUACCUGCUGCAAAAAUCUGUUUUUUGAGAUUACGUGUCUUGUUAUAUAUUUUUUUAUAAUUAUUACUUAAGGAUACAAAAAAAGGAAUCUAGGGCGGUUUCUGUGAAAGAAACUUGUCUUUGGACAUUGUGGCAUGUUAAUCUGUUUUCUUGUUCCGUGGAGUUAUUUUUGACACUUUUGUCCGUGUUGCUUGGGUUAUCCGUAUAGACUGCCGUUUUCCUGUGUUUUGCCGCUUUUGUAGUUUAUUUUUUUGUUUUUCUUCUUGGUCAAAAAGAAAGUUGUGAAUUAAAUGGUGAAAGAUGUUCAGCACAUUGCAGGAAGGUGAACACCAAGCUCUGUAUAUGUCGAAAAACUGACUGUUCUAUACUGUUCUCCACCACCCCCCCAUCUCCCUCCUGGGUCACUUGACAGUUGCAUUUUGUUCCUCAAUCCACUAUUCACCAUGGAAACACUUCUUCAAUGGCUUCCACUCUAUUGGCAAAUCUACUGAUCUCAUGAUCUGUGAUUCUUUUCAUUCUGUUUUCUUUUAGGUUACCGGUUAUUAUAUUGCUGGUAUUUAACCAUUAUAUGAAACAUUUGAGGAAAAAAUUAUUGUUUCAUGAAAUGCUUGAUGUGUCUCAUUAGUAGCUUCAUGGGAUGGGUUCUUGCUGAAAGUUCUGUGCCUAGACCCGCAGGUGAAGCAGAAUGUCUUUACAUGAGAAACACAUUAUGGCCGCUGGCCCAGGAUAACCCAUCUGCUCGAUGAAAGAGCAGUCCUACAUGAUUUACUAGUUGCCUCUGUCCACCAAGCAUCGGAAUUAUGUCAUUCUCGACGGUCGCAAAUCGUUCCCCAAUUUUAUGGCAGUAAGUGCAUAUCAAUGAUAAAGAAAAUAUUGCAUCGUAAAGAUUUUUAUAUCUUAAAAAUAUUGAAAUAAAAAUACUGUUGCUAUGACAAAAUGUUUUGUUUAUUUU